CUGUCAAUGCAGCUCGCGACGAGUAAAAUGAAUAUUUCCUACAUGUACAGGUAUUAGAAGCUCCACCGUCUAGGAUUAACGUCUGAUCAAUGAGAUAUUAACAGUCACAUUCGAGAUUGGCGUUGCCGUACUCUGCCUGCCAUGAUGUGGACUUACAUUCUCCUGAUCGUCUUAGUCUCCUGUCCCCUGGUUAACGCCGACCUGUCAACUCUAAACAGAGAUUGUCAUUCCAUCUAUGACGCCGUAUUGGUCGUGGAUGGAUCAGAAAGUAUUGGCCUCGAGAACUUCAAAACAAUCAAAAGAGCACUUAUGGAGUUCGUCAACAACACUCUGCAACCAAACAAGGACGUCCACCUUGGCGCGGUCCUUUACAGCAGCGGCGUGGAGGAGACGGUCAACUUGACCUCCGACUGGGCCAUGUUAGACGACAAAAUCAACGCCAUGGCCUGGCCUGCUAGAGCAACGUUCACCGACAGUGGUAUCGAGGCUGCGACCGCCAUGCUACUUGAACAGGGCAGGAAAGUAGUUCCACGAAUCCUGAUUGUGGUCACAGAUGGCCUGUCCUCACGACCCGACAGGACACUAGUCGCUGCAGCUGCUGCUAAACAGUCAAGUAUCACUGUCUAUUCUGUUGGGAUUGAAGUGUAUGUGAAAGCAAACUCCGAGAUCCUGGCUCGAUACAAGACGGAGUUGUCUACCAUUGCUUCCGACGAAGGUCACGUGAUCCACUUGGCAGAUUUUAACGAAUUUGAGAAUAUUGCUCCAGAGCUUGCAACGAAGUUCUGUGCAGUAAUUGCUGAUAUUGUGACCGGCCUCCAGAACCUGACAGUAUACGUUGGAGACACGUUUACUCUGACAGCAGAGAUGAGUCACGCAGCCGUGGUCGGAGGAACCUGGACUCUUAAUGGCGUACCAUUGUCUGACGGAGGAAGGGUCAAUAUAUCUAACAACGGUUCACUUCAGCAUCUAACCUUGAAUGGAGCCGCUUUGACGGAUGCAGGGGAAUACGCAUUCACUGUUGGCACAACAACAGCACAAGGAUAUGUCAGUGUUGACGCAACCACCAUCACACAAGGUCUUACAGAUCAAACUGUCUCUCAGGGUACACAGGUGGUAUUUCAAGUCACCUUAAGUCAGACAGGCAUCACAGGUGAUUGGUUCAAGGAUGGUGUCAGUAUAACCGGUGAUUCAAGAUAUCAGACCCAAUCUGCUGGAAAUACCCAGUACAUGUUCUUCACCAAUUCUCAAGUAUCCGACUCUGGAACAUAUACGUUCACUGCCAAUGGCCAAUCUACUUCAGCCCGGUUGACAGUAACAGGUUCAGGUGCAGUGAACGGAAACUGGGGCGAGUGGACACAGUGGAGUGGUCCCACCUGUCCUGCAACAUGUGGUUCUGCAGCCAUAAACAAUCUCUCCAGAAGCAGGUCCUGUGAUAAUCCAGCUCCAAGUAACGGUGGCACUUCCUGUACCGGAGAAGCGAGUCAGAGCGAGAGCCGAAUGUGUGGACCAUCUACAUGUGACUCCACCAUCACAGGAGGUCUUACAGAUCAAACUGUCUCUCAGGGUACACAGGUGGUAUUUCAAGUCACCUUAAGUCAGACAGGCAUCACAGGUGAUUGGUUCAAGGAUGGUGUCAAUAUUACCGGUGAUUCACGAUUUCAGACCCAAUCUUCUGGAAAUACCCAGUACAUGUUCUUCACCAAUUCUCAAGUAUCCGACUCUGGAACAUAUACGUUCACUGCCAAUGGCCAAUCUACUUCAGCCCAGUUGACGGUUACAGGUUCAGGUGCAGUGAACGGAAACUGGGGCGAGUGGACACAGUGGAGUGGUCCCACCUGUCCUGCAACAUGUGGUUCUGCAGCCAUAAACAAUCUCUCCAGAAGCAGGUCCUGUGAUAACCCAGCUCCAAGUAACGGUGGCACUUCCUGUACCGGAGAAGCAAGUCAGAGCGAGAGCCGAAUGUGUGGACCAUCUACAUGUGACUCCACCAUCACAGGAGGUCUUACAGAUCAAACUGUCUCUCAGGGUACACAGGUGGUAUUUCAAGUCACCUUAAGUCAGACAGGCAUCACAGGUGAUUGGUUCAAGGAUGGUGUCAAUAUAACCGGUGAUUCACGAUUUCAGACCCAAUCUUCUGGAAAUACCCAGUACAUGUUCUUCACCAAUUCUCAAGUAUCCGACUCUGGAACAUAUACGUUCACUGCCAAUGGCCAAUCUACCUCAGCCCAGUUGACGGUUACAGGUUCAGGUGCAGUGAACGGAAACUGGGGCGAGUGGACACAGUGGAGUGGUCCAACCUGUCCUGCAACAUGUGGUUCUGCAGCCGUAAACAAUCUCUCCAGAAGCAGGUCCUGUGAUAACCCAGCUCCAAGUAACGGUGGCACUUCCUGUACCGGAGAAGCAAGUCAGAGCGAGAGCCGAAUGUGUGGACCAUCUACAUGUGACUCCACCAUCACAGGAGGUCUUACAGAUCAAACUGUCUCUCAGGGUACACAGGUGGUAUUUCAAGUCACCUUAAGUCAGACAGGCAUCACAGGUGAUUGGUUCAAGGAUGGUGUCAAUAUAACCGGUGAUUCACGAUUUCAGACCCAAUCUUCUGGAAAUACCCAGUACAUGUUCUUCACCAAUUCUCAAGUAUCCGACUCUGGAACAUAUACGUUCACUGCCAAUGGCCAAUCUACCUCAGCCCAGUUGACGGUUACAGGUUCAGGUGCAGUGAACGGAAACUGGGGCGAGUGGACACAGUGGAGUGGUCCAACCUGUCCUGCAACAUGUGGUUCUGCAGCCGUAAACAAUCUCUCCAGAAGCAGGUCCUGUGAUAACCCAGCUCCAAGUAACGGUGGCACUUCCUGUACCGGAGAAGCAAGUCAGAGCGAGAGCCGAAUGUGUGGACCAUCUACAUGUGACUCCACCAUCACAGGAGGUCUUACAGAUCAAACUGUCUCUCAGGGUACACAGGUGGUAUUUCAAGUCACCUUAAGUCAGACAGGCAUCACAGGUGAUUGGUUCAAGGAUGGUGUCAAUAUAACCGGUGAUUCACGAUUUCAGACCCAAUCUUCUGGAAAUACCCAGUACAUGUUCUUCACCAAUUCUCAAGUAUCCGACUCUGGAACAUAUACGUUCACUGCCAAUGGCCAAUCUACCUCAGCCCAGUUGACGGUUACAGGUUCAGGUGCAGUGAACGGAAACUGGGGCGAGUGGACACAGUGGAGUGGUCCAACCUGUCCCGCAACAUGUGGUUCUGCAGCCGUAAACAAUCUCUCCAGAAGCAGGUCCUGUGAUAACCCAGCUCCAAGUAACGGUGGCACUUCCUGUACCGGAGAAGCGAGUCAGAGCGAGAGCCGAAUGUGUGGACCAUCUACAUGUGACUCCACCAUCACAGGAGGUCUUACAGAUCAAACUGUCUCUCAGGGUACACAGGUGGUAUUUCAAGUCACCUUAAGUCAGACAGGCAUCACAGGUGAUUGGUUCAAGGAUGGUGUCAAUAUAACCGGUGAUUCACGAUUUCAGACCCAAUCUUCUGGAAAUACCCAGUACAUGUUCUUCACCAAUUCUCAAGUAUCCGACUCUGGAACAUAUACGUUCACUGCCAAUGGCCAAUCUACCUCAGCCCAGUUGACGGUUACAGGUUCAGGUGCAGUGAACGGAAACUGGGGCGAGUGGACACAGUGGAGUGGUCCAACCUGUCCUGCAACAUGUGGUUCUGCAGCCAUAAACAAUCUCUCCAGAAGCAGGUCCUGUGAUAACCCAGCUCCAAGUAACGGUGGCACUUCCUGUACCGGAGAAGCAAGUCAGAGCGAGAGCCGAAUGUGUGGACCAUCUACAUGUGACUCCACCAUCACAGGAGGUCUUACAGAUCAAACUGUCUCUCAGGGUACACAGGUGGUAUUUCAAGUCACCUUAAGUCAGACAGGCAUCACAGGUGAUUGGUUCAAGGAUGGUGUCAAUAUAACCGGUGAUUCACGAUUUCAGACCCAAUCUUCUGGAAAUACCCAGUACAUGUUCUUCACCAAUUCUCAAGUAUCCGACUCUGGAACAUAUACGUUCACUGCCAAUGGCCAAUCUACCUCAGCCCAGUUGACGGUUACAGGUUCAGGUGCAGUGAACGGAAACUGGGGCGAGUGGACACAGUGGAGUGGUCCAACCUGUCCUGCAACAUGUGGUUCUGCAGCCGUAAACAAUCUCUCCAGAAGCAGGUCCUGUGAUAACCCAGCUCCAAGUAACGGUGGCACUUCCUGUACCGGAGAAGCAAGUCAGAGCGAGAGCCGAAUGUGUGGACCAUCUACAUGUGACUCCACCAUCACAGGAGGUCUUACAGAUCAAACUGUCUCUCAGGGUACACAGGUGGUAUUUCAAGUCACCUUAAGUCAGACAGGCAUCACAGGUGAUUGGUUCAAGGAUGGUGUCAAUAUAACCGGUGAUUCACGAUUUCAGACCCAAUCUUCUGGAAAUACCCAGUACAUGUUCUUCACCAAUUCUCAAGUAUCCGACUCUGGAACAUAUACGUUCACUGCCAAUGGCCAAUCUACCUCAGCCCAGUUGACGGUUACAGGUUCAGGUGCAGUGAACGGAAACUGGGGCGAGUGGACACAGUGGAGUGGUCCAACCUGUCCCGCAACAUGUGGUUCUGCAGCCGUAAACAAUCUCUCCAGAAGCAGGUCCUGUGAUAACCCAGCUCCAAGUAACGGUGGCACUUCCUGUACCGGAGAAGCGAGUCAGAGCGAGAGCCGAAUGUGUGGACCAUCUACAUGUGACACAAUCACCAUCACAGGAGGUCUUACAGAUCAAACUGUCUCUCAGGGUACACAGGUGGUAUUUCAAGUCACCUUAAGUCAGACAGGCAUCACAGGUGAUUGGUUCAAGGAUGGUGUCAGUAUAACCGGUGAUUCAAGAUAUCAGACCCAAUCUUCUGGAAAUAUCCAGUACAUGUUCUUCAAUUCUCAAGUAUCCGACUCUGGAACAUAUAUGUUCACUGCCAAUGGCCAAUCUACUUCAGCCCAGUUGACGGUUACAGGUUCAGAUGCAGUGAACGGAAACUGGGGCGAGUGGACACAGUGGAGUGGUCCAACCUGUCCUGCAACAUGUGGUUCUGCAGCUAUAAACAAUCUCUCCAGAAGCAGGUCCUGUGAUAACCCAGCUCCAAGUAACGGUGGCACUUCCUGUACCGGAGAAGCAAGUCAGAGCGAGAGCCGAAUGUGUGGACCAUCUACAUGUGACACAACCACCAUCACACAAGGUCUUACAGAUCAAACUGUCUCUCAGGGUAUACAGGUGGUAUUCCAAGUCACCUUAAGUCAGACAGGCAUCACAGGUGAUUGGUUCAAGGAUGGUGUCAGUAUAACCGGCGAUUCAAGAUAUCAGACCCAAUCUUCUGGAAAUAUCCAGUACAUGUACUUCAAUUCUCAAGUAUCCGACUCUGGAACAUAUAUGUUCACUGCCAAUGGCCAAUCUACUUCAGCCCAGUUGACGGUUACAGGUUCAGGUGCAGUGAACGGAAACUGGGGCGAGUGGACACAGUGGAGUGGUCCAACCUGUCCUGCAACAUGUGGUUCUGCAGCUAUAAACAAUCUCUCCAGAAGCAGGUCCUGUGAUAACCCAGCUCCAAGUAACGGUGGCACUUCCUGUACCGGAGAAGCAAGUCAGAGCGAGAGCCGAAUGUGUGGACCAUCUACAUGUGACACAACCACCUUCACACAAGGUCUUACAGAUCAAACUAUCUCUCAGGGUACACAGGUGGUAUUCCAAGUCACUUUAAGUCAGGGAGGCGUCACAGGUGAAUGGUUCAAGGACGGUGUCAAGAUAACCGGUGAAUCCAGAUAUCAGUCCUAUCAGACUGGCAACUCUGUCUAUCUUCUAUUUACCAAUUCUCAAGUUUCGGAUUCGGGAAGGUAUACAUUCACUGUGAAUGGACAAUCAACAUCAGCACAAUUGACAGUAACUGGUUCAGGUGCAGUGAACGGAAACUGGGGCGGGUGGUCACAGUGGAGUGGCCCGACUUGUCCUGCAACAUGUGGUUCUGCAGCAAGACGCACUGUCACCAGGCGCAGGUUCUGUAAUAACCCAGCCCCCACUAACGGUGGCACUUCCUGUCCUGAAGAGGCAAGUCAAAGUGAAAGCCGAAUGUGUGGACCAUCUACAUGUGAUAUCGGUUUCACCACUGAACUCCGUGAUACAAGAGCCCGACUCGGUGGUGACUUCACCCUGACUGCCGUCGUCAACAGGACUGGUCUAGGUGAUGGACAGUGGACGAAGGGGGGACAGGUGCUCACCACGAAUGACAGGAUGACCAUUGGUUCAGAUGGAGCAGGGACAUAUACACUGAGAGUAAGAGGAACGGAGACCACAGAUCAAGGACGAUAUACAUUCAGUGCAGGAGGCAAAUCUACUGGAUGCAGAGUUACAGUUAUUGAUUGUCAUUCCAUCUAUGACGCCGUAUUGGUCGUUGAUGGAUCAGAAAGUAUUGGCCUCGAGAACUUCAAAACAAUCAAAAGAGCACUUAUGGAGUUCGUCAACAACACUUUGCAACCAAACAAGGACGUCCACCUUGGCGUGGUCCUUUACAGCAGCGGCGUGGAGGAGACGGUCAACAUGACCUCCGACUGGGCCAUGUUAGACGACAGAAUCAACGCCAUGGCCUGGCCUGCUAGAGCAACAUUCACCCACAGUGGUAUCGAGGCUGCGACCGCCAUGCUACUUGAACAGGGCAGGAAAGUAGUUCCACGAAUCCUGAUUGUGGUCACAGAUGGCCUGUCCACACGACCCGACAGGACACUAGUCGCUGCAGCUGCUGCUAAACAGUCAAGUAUCACUGUCUAUUCUGUUGGGAUUGAAGUGUAUGUGAAAGCAAACUCCGUGAUCCUGGCUCGAUAUAAGACGGAGUUGUCUACCAUUGCAUCCGACGAAGGUCACGUGAUCCACUUGGCAGAUUUUAACGAAUUUGAGAACAUUGCUCCAGAGCUUGCAACGAAGUUCUGUGCAGUAGUUGCUGACGUUGUGACCGGCCCCCAGAACCUGACAGUAUACGUAGGGGACACGUUCACGCUGACAGCACAGAUGAGUCACGCAGCCGUGGUCGGAGGAACCUGGACUCUAAAUGGCGUACCGUUGUCUGACGGAGGAAGGGUCAGUUUUUCCCAAAAUGGCUCUUUGCUGCAUCUGACGAUCCAAGAAGUAACCGCUGCGGACGCCGGUCGAUACAGCUACAGUGUUGGUGGGAAAACGGCACAUGGCUAUGUUUCGGUUCUAGCUUCUUGGGGUCCGUGGGGCGACUGGGUAUCCUCAGCUUGUACUGCUACGUGUGGGUUAAGCGUCACACAGACCUUGAGGCGAGCACGACAGUGUCGCCAGGCGACCGGACCGACCUGUGUUGGUGAUGCGACAGAUGAAGAUGUUCGUGCCUGCAGCGUCACCAACUGCUACGGCAUGUGGUCCGACUGGGGCAAGUGGAGCACGCCAUCGUGUCCCAUCUGUGGCCAGUCUGGUACUCAGGUUCAAGUCUACAGAACCCGCACGUGCAUCAAGGAACGGGCAACUGAUGAAGCAUGCACUGGAUCCACUUAUGUGUCAAGCGGCUAUGCGUGCACCCUGAAUCAAUGCACAGGCAACCAAAAUCCAUCAGCGUCAGAUCGGGUCAGAGGAACAUUCCUGGUCAUUGCUGCCGGGGUGGCCGUCGGUCUAACAUUGUUGUAGCUGCAGCCACGAGACAUCCACCUUCAUCAAUCAACACAUUCUGAACACAAAAAGACAGCAGACUAGAAAAAUGGGGGAGAAUAAGUGUAUGUGUUUGUGGUGUGAGCGAGAUAGAGAGAGCGUGUGUGUGUGUGUGUGUGUGUGUGUGUGUGUGUGUGUGUGUGUGUGUGUGUGUGUGUGUGUGUGUGUGUGUGUGUGUGUGUGUGUGUGUGUGUGUGUGUGCGUGUGUUUGUUUGUUUGUCUGUAGAAACUUUCUACAAGUCUUCUUUUGCAGUAUAUUAAAUUUUAUUUAUUAAGUAGACGCUUGAUCGAGGAUAGUUUUAAACUUAUAGGCAGCUCUGGCUAUUUCAGGCGAGUGCGAUGUUAAUUGAACAUAUAUGUUCUGCAUUUGUGUCGAGAAUUUGUCUUCUUUAAACGUAGUAUGCUAAAUCAUUAAAAGGAUCGUUAUAAUAUCAAAUUCCAGCUAUAUCACAACGUUAAUCCUUAUGUUCCACGCUGAGUAUUAAUGAAUCUUCCCGUGUCCACAUACCAGUUAGAAGGCAUCAAUCAUUCCAUGGAAAACUACGAUCGUUGUUAGUUGUUAUAGCAUGUUAGCAGUAACUAGAAGCGAUUAAUGAGAAAUAUGUACCACAAUCUUAACCAGUAGACGGUUUGCGUUGCAAAUCUAAGGGCCUUAUUUCAAUUCUACACCAAGACGUAUAUAUCACAUGUACUUCCAACAUACGUAUCAUAUAUGCGUGUAUGUUUUCAGACAUUUGUAAAUCGCACUAGAUGUAUGGAUUCAUUUUGAUGUAAUAAAGGUAUAUUACAAAACGA